AUGUCGAGAAGAAGGCAAAAUGAUGAUGAGGACGAAACUCAAACAAAACGACGCCGUGGAGCCCCAUUGAUUAGUGAUGUUGAGAAGAAACUUCAAGAAGUUAUUGGAAAAGUUGGAGAGAAGAGUACCGGCUCGUCAAUCACGAUGAAUUUAGAGAAACUCACCGAGUUUCUGACCGAUGAUCUCGAUAAAUAUCGAACUUCUAUCAUCGAUAUAGUCGCUGGAUGCGCAAUUUAUCUUCCGAAUCGAGUAACCGUUUACACCACAUUGGUUGGACUUUUAAAUGCGAAAAAUUUCAAUUUCGGAGGAGAAGUUGUCGAGAAAUUGAUCGCCGAGCAGCAGGAUCUUCUGACGAAACAAAAAUAUCAAGAGGCUCAGAAUGUCGCGAUUUUCCUUUGUGAUUUAGGAAAUUCUGGAGUUUUGACAGCGCAAUCGAUCGGAGAAUACCUGGAAAGCUUCAUUUCAGCUGCCUUCGAGGAGAAUAUGCCACAGGUCCGCAACGACUACUAUAUUCAAACAGUUCUUCGUUGUCUGCCAUGGAUUGGCAAGGAGUUAACAGAAAAAUCACCGGAACAAAUGGAAAAUAUUGUGGAAGCUGUUGGAAAGUAUCUGGAGUUGAGAAAUAAGAAUCAUGUGACGCUUCUCCAAGUCUGGAGCUCUACCGACCAGGAACAAGAGGAUUAUCUGGAAAGUUUGUCAGCACAAAUCGAACAAUUACGAGCCCUCAACUGGACAGAAAACCACAUUCCCAGAUAUUAUAAGGAUUUCGAAGCGAUUCUCUCCGACGCACUGCAACAUAAUCUUCCAAGUUUCGCUUCCCCUGACCACUCUUCUGAUAUGAUCUACCCAUAUCCAUUGGUUGUUUUCCGUCUUUUCCAGGACUCGGAUUGCUCCUCGUUUUCUGAUAAACCACUCCCAGGUGGCCACUCGAUCGAUCGAUUCCUGUUCGAAGGAGAGAUCUCGUGGAUUAUCGAAAAGAAUCAAUUCAAUCGGAAGUCGUGUGCUCGGGAACUUCUCGCUUUCGCUGAGGAGAACCCAUCGGUUCCAAUUGGAUUUCUCAUUUUUGAAACGAUUUUUGGACAGAUGCUCCGUCUUCCACACGCUCCGUAUCCAGCAAUAUUUCACUGCUCGUUGGUUCUGGAACUUCUGAAACUGAAGCCAGACGACUACCCAUCGAUUCUCGUCCAAACUGUCGAAGUCAUCUAUCGUCGUGCCGAUUCGAUGCAACCGAUUUGUUUGGAUCGAAUGGUCGAUUGGUUCAGUUUCCAUUUGUCGAAUUUCCAGUAUCGCUACACUUGGCCUGAUUGGAAGGAUUGUUUGACGAAAGACGCCUACUCUGGAAGCCAAAUCUUCCUCCGAGAAGUCAUCGAAAAGUGUCGUCGCCUUGGAUCCUAUGAGAAAAUCAUCGCCGCACUGCCAUCAGAUUUCGUUAAAAUCCAUCCAUGCUCUCCAGAUGUCAGAUAUUUGAUCGAUGAAGAGGAUACAGCACUCGUGCAACGUGCUGAAACAUUCACUCAAAUGUUCCAAGAACGUCAACCGGCUGAAGCAUUCCUCAAUGAAUUAAAAUCAGCUGAAGGAAGUGAGGAGCUUCCUUAUAAUAUCAAUGAGUUCGGAUUGUUUGUGAUGGUUAUGUUGAAGAUGGCCUCAAAGACUUUCUCGCAUAAUUUUUCGGCGCUUUUCAGAUACCAAGCCACUCUGAAAACGGUGUGCGAUGCAUCUGAACAAUAUCAAGAGAAACUUCUAGAGACUCUCUUCUCUUGCUGGAAAUCCAACCAACAAAUGUUGAUGAUUCUCACUGACAAACUGCUCAAAAUGCAGGUUAUCGAUUGCUCUGCAGUCGUCGCCUGGCUGUUCGAUGAGAAAAUGUGGGCGGAGCAUAAUAGACAAUGGCUCUUCGAGGUGCUCAAUCAGGCUCUUGAGAAACUGACAAGACAGAUUAAUGUUGUGGAGAAAGAUAUCAAAGAGCUGACGGAGAGAGUCGAGAAUAAGGGAACUGAUGAUGUUAAGGAGGAGGAGAUGGAAGCUGAAGAAGAGAAGAAUGAGAAGUUGAAACAAGAUGUGGACGAUUUGGAGAAUCACAAAGAGAAAUUGGAGAGAAUGGUCACUUUCCAGAAGGGACUUUUUAACGAUUUUUUGAUUGCCUUCGUCGAAGAGAUCAAAAUCGCCGGAGCAAACACAUCCGAAAUGGACGGUUCCGGAGACACGGCUGGCCGCCAAUCUCCGAAAUUCCAGUGGCUCAAAGGAAGAUUCUGCCACGUUUUGUUAGCGCACGCCGAGACCCUUCUGAAGCACUCAUCCAGCAUCGCCGAAGAAGUUUUCACCGAGGGAGCCGAUCCAAGUGUUACAGAAUGGAAUUUUGGAGCAAAAGUUGGGGACGAAGUGAUUGCGGAGCGAAGACGUCGAAGGGGGUCGUAUCCAGCGAUAUUUCAUUGCUCGUUGGUUCUGGAACUUCUGAAAUUGAAACCAGACGACUACCCAUCGAUUCUCGUUCAAACUGUCGAAGUCAUCUAUCGUCGUGCCGAUUCAAUGCAACCGAUUUGUUUGGAUCGAAUGUUAUCGAACGUUUUACACUGUGAAUUUGACGAAAAUGAAAAAUGGACUGAAAUUUACGGAGAUUCUGAAGAGAAGACGUCGACGACGGAGAAGAAAUGGGCGAAUAUGAAGUCGCAGGAUAUUAAAGAGAAAAUUCGCCAAGCGGCCAAACGAAGGAACGUGACACUUUCAAACGAAACGUCGAAUAGUGACAGUGAUGAUAACUGA